AUGAGCGGAGCGGGCCCGGCGGCGGGCGGGCCGCACCCCGAGAGCUCCCCGCCACGCAGCCAGCGGCUGGGCGGCCUCCUGCGGUGCCUCCGAGAGAGUGAAACCAGAAGACUAGAAUUGGAAAGGAAACUGCUAGAAUACAAAAGUUCUGAUGCAUACCUAAUGAAACUAAAAUAUGUGAAGCUGAAAAAGUACUUGGAAGAAGUAAAUGAACGACAGAAAAAAGCUCUUCUACGAAAUCAGGCGUUCUUAAAUGAAUUCAACGAGUUUGAGGCUCAGAUGAAAGCUUCGAGUUCAGAGCUGAUUGAGAAGAUGGAAGUGCGGUGUGGAAGAGAAAUUAAAAGUGGGCUGUUGUUUCAAGAGGGUGGCUUGGCACGAGGUGACAAGGAAGAAGGCUGCAGUGAGCAGAUGCCACAGGCUGCAAGGCAGGCUGGAAUUCAUGCCGAAACAGCUGUGUCCAGAAGCUUGCAUCACCCACUGCCAUUCUUCGUGGGCCACUGCAUGUCUGCCUGCAGCGUGCAGCAGGAACCCCCUCAGUCUGCUGCCCCCCCCAGCACACUGACAGCCUUGCAGGAUGAUGAGACAGAUGGGCAUCUCAUGCAAGCUGGUGGUGACGUGCAGCAUGCCAAUAAGCCUGAUGAGCAAGGUGGCAAGUCACGUAUCCCCACGGGGGAGAAGAUGCCCAUCCAAGACAGCAGCUUGCACAGCAGUCUUCUGAAUUUUACAGAACAGAAAAAUUCCACUGCACCCUGCUCAACGUUACCUGAUGGAGGAAGUGUGCAGAGCAGGACUGCUGACUUAGUGAGUGACACAUCAGUGGACGAGGUGGUGACCCACGAACACCUGGUAGCAAGUGCCAAAGAAGUCUGUGAGCAGCCUGUUCUCUUGGCAUCUGCCUCUGAGCCCAGCGUCUCUGGACCCCGAUGUAACCUGAACACCCAGCAGGCAGCCAGCCAGGCCAGCAGCAGCAGCAGCAGCACCCACCCAGCAGAGAACUCCUCUUUGCAGCCACCCAGCUGCAGUGCAGCAGAGGAUGAGCCCUUGGGCAGCUCGGUGCCUGACGGCUCCUGCAGCCAGGAUGGCAGUCUGAAAGAAGAUGUGGAGGCCAGUGAGGCAGCUGUCCUCUGUCAGCUCCCCAGAGCCAAGCCAGGUGAGGGGUGGGAUGUGGCCACACUGCAGGCCUCGCUGAAGAGCCACGCUGCCUUCCUGGAGGAGCAUGAGCACCUGUGUACUGAGGAGCUGGCUGCAGUGUCACACAGCACGCUGGAUUCGGGCGAGGAGACACCAGGAAGCCAGGCUCCACUGCUGCUGAGAGAGGUCCUUGCAGAACAGUGUGGAGAUGGGUCAUCUGUUCAGAGUAAUGAAUCAUCUUACAGCUUGCCAUCGAUCCCAAAUGACGGCAGGGAAAUGGAGCAGGCAAAACAUGUUCCGUGGCUCGACAGCAUGGGAAAGCAAGGUUGUGGUGUUGGAAAUAAUGGUUCCGAAGCAAAAGAAAGGCAAGAAAUGUGCUCCGAAAGCAGUUCAUCCAGUGAAAGAAGCGGUGACCUCUCAAGGCCUGAAUUCAGGAAGGGAGCGAUAACUGCUAUAAAAUCCAAAGCUUUCUGGGGCGAAUCUGACGAUAGCAGCUCUGAGGCUGUGGAUGUUUUGCGUCCACAAACUCACAGCCCAGAAGCAGAUGACUUUGAUGACUUCUAUGAUUGAAGUUCCACCGCUUGCUUUUGGGAAGCAAAUCAACAGCAUCACCUUCCACAACUUGAAUGUGCAGAAGUGCACCUCAUAGGUUGAUAUUCGCAUUUAAAUACAGAAUAAAGAUUGCUUGGUAUUCUACACA